GAAUUCCCCAUGGUAAUUAACAGCUGUAUUGAAUGAGUUAGUUCAGCCGCGUCACGAACCAAAAAAAUUAUAUAUCGCAGAUUCCUGAAUCUCUUACGCAGGAUGUAUGGAAUUAGGAGAGGGGUUGUUAUAGGAUUAAUGGCAACCUUGGCCGUGAAGGUCAGAAGUGAGAAGUAGUGAGAGCACAGGUCUCAAACGAGGCUGAAGAGUGAAGAGCAGGUGCCAAGUGGAAAAUCUGGGAGCGAAAGAAUUGGGCUGCGGAGAGAGAGCAUUUAGCUGCGCCCACGAAUCUCUGUUCUCCAAAGCCCUCCGUGCCUAUUGGACUUCAAUCAGACUCAGCUCGACCCCAACGCUAUCGUUGAUGGGGGACAGCAGCCUCCAAUGGAUGGGCUGGCUGACGAACGCCUUGAUAUCUGCGGGAGAACUGAGCCCGGGUCCAGAACCCCCGAGGCUUUGCGCACGGACCGCCUACCCACACUCCCGCAGGCUGCAGCGGGGGCCCAGAUUUUGGCAGCGCACCCGGCUCCGUCAUCAGCGAAUGAGGUCGAGCUGUGCGAAACUCCUAACCCCGGAAAAUCGCCAAAUCGCAACGUUGGCUUCCGUCUCAUCAUCUGUCCCCGCAUGCGUCUGUCUGCAACUGCACCUGCACCUCACCCACCAUCGCGCAUGAACUCAUCCUGCCCGGCCAUCAUGUCAGACCACGAGACGCCGACGGCGAACACGUCGUCGACGCCGAGGGCGGGCGACGCGGGCGGCGGGGCCCUCGCUGCUGCCCAGGCCCAGCAGGCACAGAUCGCCCAGCUCAAGAAAGUCAAGAAGCAAAAGGUGCUGCUGAUGGGCAAGAGCGGCUCCGGAAAGUCGAGCAUGCGCAGCAUCAUUUUCAGCAACUACCUGGCCCGAGACACCCGGAGACUAGGCGCCACCAUCGACAUCGACUUGUCGCACGUCAAGUUCCUGGGCAAUCUCACGCUCAACCUCUGGGACUGUGGCGGCCAGGAGGCCUUCAUGGAGAACUACCUGUCGCAGCAGCGAGCGCACGUCUUUAGCAACGUCGGCGUGCUCAUCUACGUCUUCGACAUAGAGAGCCGGGACGUCGAGCGCGACCUGGCCACCUACGUCAACAUCAUCAGCGCCCUCGUGCAGUACUCGCGCGAGGCAAAGGUUUUUGUGCUGAUCCACAAAAUGGACCUGAUCCAGCCCAUGACGCGCGAGGACGUCUUCGACCACCGCGUCGGCGUCAUCCGCCGCAAGACGGCCGAGGCCGUUGCCAUUGUGCGCAAGCACAAGCCCGAGCACCAGCUGCAGCAGCACCCGCAGUACUACCAACAACAACACCAUCAUCAACAGCAGCAGCAGCAAUUCCCGCCCGGCGGCCCCGGCGGCACGAUCCCCGACAUCGACAUGGACAUGCAGCUCUUCGCCACGUCCAUCUGGGACCAGUCGCUGUACAAGGCGUGGGCCAGCAUCAUCCACGACCUCGUGCCUAAUCUGAGCGUGAUCGAGAUGCAACUAGCGAGCCUAGGCGUGGCCAUCGACGCGGACGAGAUCUUGCUGUUCGAGCGCACGAGCUUCCUGGUCGUGUCUAAGUGGACGAGCCGCGAGGGCGAGCGCAACCCGUACGGCGACCGCUUCGAGCGCAUGAGCAACAUCCUCAAGAGCUGGAAGCACACGUGCGCCAAGUUCACGGGCACCCCGCGCAACGCCGAGCAGUUCUCCGACUUCGAGUACAAGAUGGGCGCCAACUUCAGCAUCUUCGUCACAAAGUUCACCACAAACACGUAUAUCCUGGUCUGCAUGCCCCCCGGCGAGGCCCGCUUCAACAGCGCCAAGCUCAACGUCGGGGCCGCCCGCCCGUGGUUCAAGUUCCUCGACGGGCCCGCCGUGCCCGGCCCCGCCUCGUCGCAGAUGGGCGUGGGCGGCGCCGGCGGCUAUGGCGAGUCCGGCGCCGGCCCGUGAGCGAUGGCCGAUACGUUGUCUUCCUUUCAUAUUUCGCUUCUUGGCGGGACCAACUUGUCCAGGGGCUGGUUGGUAUCCAUUUAAGGCAGCAAGCCGGCAUUUGCUUUGUACUUGUACAGCAUGAUAAAAUAGGUACUGCGCGGGGGUUGUGAUACCCAUAAUUCGGCGUCGGGGCGUUUUUAGAUCAGCCGACAUUAGGCAUUUUCCCCUCAGGUAUUUGGGGUGCGUGCCCGGAUGCCUAUGUUCGUUUGCUAGGGAGGAAAGCUAUAGUUCCGAGUGUCAACACGGCUCGGGAGGGCUUGUCAUUCUCUAAUUCGUGUCAUUUCACUUGUAGCAGGGCAUGUGGAAUCAUUGCAUGUGAAAAGAGGGCAAGAGCCUUUAGCCGAGAUAGCACUUGAAGAUGGAA